AUGCCUGAAAAAAAUGACAAUAAGGUAGUGCUGAUCACGGGGGGCGCUGGCUUUCUCGGCAGUCAUGCUGUUGACCGAGCAAUGCGUGAGAGUUACACUGUCGUUGUUGUAGAUAAUUUGUACACUGGCACGGAGCAGAACACUGCUCACCAUCUUGGAAAAGUGAAUUUCCACUUUGUGAAGCACGACGUGCGUUAUCCGUACCCGGAGGAAGUUUUACGGCAUAAGUAUGUCUACAUCUUUCACCUGGCUAGCCCAGCGUCUCCAGUGCACUAUCAGGCCGACCCAAUUGGGACAACGCUUACAUGUGUUAACGGGACGUAUCACUCACUGCUUCUUGCAGAGCGAGAUGCAUGCCCAAUACUUAUUGCCUCCACCUCAGAGGUGUACGGCGACCCACUGCAGAACCCACAGACAGAGGAAUAUUGGGGUAAUGUGAAGUGCAAUGGAGUACGAAGCUGCUACGAUGAGGGGAAACGGUGUGCCGAAUCAUUAUGUUUUGACUUCCACAGGAAGCAUGGAGUCAAAAUUCGUGUGGCGCGUAUUUUUAACACAUACGGUCCUCGUAUGUGCUUUAACGACGGCCGGAUCAUUAGUAACUUUCUUAUUCAGGCCCUUAGGGGUGAAGAUAUUACGGUGCAUGGGACAGGCGAGCACACCCGCUCGUUUCAGUACUGUGAUGACCUUGUGGAGGGACUUUUUUCGCCUUAUUCAACACCCAACCGAGAUUGGCCCUGUGAAUUUGGGUAA